GAGAGAGAGCAAGACAGUCCAUCGCGAAUCGUCGUCGGCGCCUUUUAUUACACGCACGUCCUUUCCGCGCCUUUUUUCCUCGCACACGUCACACCCACGCUUUCGUUAUCCCCGUCGUAUAUAGCUAGUGUUUUGUUUCCGUGUAGGCCGAUAUACACACGACGCGAGGAAAAUGUCCUGCUGCCUCGGCGCCGACGACGACGAGGAGCAACAACGCUCGGAGACGCCGCGGGUCCGAGGAUGUACCGACAUCUUCUGGCUCUGCCUCUUCAUCACCUUUUGGUUCCUCAUGAUAUUGAUAGCAGCUUUUGCAUUUGUGUACGGCAGUCCAAUAAGGCUAAUAAAUGGAUAUGAUAGUUUUGGAAAUACCUGUGGUGUCAAUAAUAGUAAAUUUGGAGCCAUGGAACUUUCUGGACAGGACAAUAGUGAUAAACCGUAUUUAUUCUUUCUGGAUGUCUCGAAAGUUAGGCAAUCAUUAAAAAUUUGUGUAAAAAAAUGUCCAGAGCGCACCUUAAAUUCCAUGGUAGAUGUUUGUAACUUUUACAAAGAGACUGGUUCACAAUUGUGCCAUGAUAAGCCAGGAAGUGGUUUUAGUGCCUGCAAAGAUAUGCGAAAUUUUAACAACCUAAAUAGAACUGGUUCUUGUCCAGUAUUCCCAGUUUAUGAAAGUAAAUCUAUUCUCAAUAGGUGCAUACCUACAGGACUUACUGAAGUCACCAAGUCAAUAGCUUCUAAUUUGUAUGGAUUACUUAACUCAUGGGAUGUUAUUGAGCAAGUUCUUGGAGAUUUAUACAAAACAUGGAGAGAAAUACUUGCAUUAUCAUUUUUAUCCUUUGUAUUGUCUCUCUUCAUGAUCGCUAUUUUCCACUUACUGGCCAGUGUUGUCACUUGGAUUGUCAUGACCUUAGUCAUUGUUGCCUGUACAGCUGGAACUGGUUUGCUUUGGUGGACCUACAUUGAUAUCAAACGGAAUCUUGAUGGCCUUAAACCACAUGAACUUCUGGAGGAAUCUGUACGCAAUGAAAAAGCUUUCUUGACUUUAGCUAUUAUUGCAACUGUGAUCACUAUAAUUUUAUUCUUCCUUAUCUGCUUCAUAAGAAAACGUAUUAGCUUCAUGGCAGCUUUGUUCAGAGAAAGUGCAAAAUGUCUAGCAGAUUUGCCAGGUCUAUUCUUCCAACCAUUGUUAACUUUCUUUGCUUUACUUGUAUUUUUCACCUUCUGGAUCACGGUCAUCUUGUGCCUUGCUACUGCAAACUACCCAAGUACAAAAUCUGUGAACUCCAUUGACACAUUAAAUUUGAAUGCAUCAAUUACUGGUAAACCUUUAGAUGAUAAGCAAAAGCCUUUAGACAUUCCUCUAACUGACUACAAAACAUUUACCAUCGUGGAAUAUGCUGAUUCUACUUGGAUAAAAUACAUGUGGUGGGUGUACAUCAUUGGUUUGAUUUGGAUUUCUGAAUUCAUCACUGCUUGUCAAACCAUGGUUAUUUCUGGUGCUGUAGCUCAUUGGUAUUUCCGAGGUAAAAAUGCUAGUGCAUCACCAGUAUGUUCGUCGAUGGGCACGUUAGUCACGUACCAUCUUGGUUCGGUGGCUUGCGGUUCCCUCCUGAUUACAGUGUUCAAAAUACCACGACUGAUUUUAACUUAUCUGCAUGCGAAGUUCGAAAAAACUAAGGAAACAUCUCCAUGCUCUCAAUGUGGGUUGAAGUGUUGUAUCUGUUGCUUCUAUUGCUUGGACAAGUUCAUUAGAUUUAUGAAUCAUAAUGCCUACACCGUGAUAGCCAUAGAAGGAACACACUUUUGCAAUGCCGCGAGAAUCGCAUUUAAUACGAUAGUAACCAAUGCUGUACAAGUGGCAGUUAUCAAUGGAGUUGGAGACUUUGUUCUUUUCUUAGGAAAAUGUUUCGUGACUGCGGCAACUGGAAGUAUCGGAUUGCUUUUCAUGAGACAAGAUCCAAGACUGCACUUCUAUGCGGUUCCGAUAUUUUUCACUUGCUUAUUUGCAUUUUUCAUAUCCCAUUGCGUGAUUUCGCUUUAUGAGACUGUAAUCGAUACGCUUUUUUUAUGCGUGUGCGAGGACAAGAAUCUAAAUGGCGACAACGGCAAGUGGCGUCAGUCCGCGUUGGCCCAGCUCGCUACUAAUACCACCACCAAUGGUCAGCAAUCGCACGAACUGGAUCCCAUAAAUAGUAAUAGUUAAGUUACAGAUUUCACGACAUUAUAAUCAUCAAUAUGUCCUUAUAUUGUAAACAAACAUAUUUUUGAAUGUUGUGCUCUUUCAUUAGUCAACAUUUAAGUUUUGCAAUGUAAGGACAGAUGCUUACCUAAGUGUGACUCAAGCGUAAUAUCGGCUCAUCUGCCUUAAAACGCAUUUUGCAAUAAGUUUUCCAACUCUAUGUGUAUGAACUUAAUAUAAUCCAUUUACUUUCUUCCAUACAAAUAGCUUGCUAAGUGUACUAAAGGGGGUUUUUAGGUUUACGAAGAAAAGUGAAUAUUUUUUACUAUACAUUUACGCACGCACAGUUUAAUAGUAUUACAAUUGAGACUUUGGUGAUUAAAAGCAACGAUUACCAGGAUUUUGUGCAAUUUGAAGUUUAUAUUUACACUAGAAAACAGACUUACUGAGAGAUUUUUUGUGCACUUGCACUAUAUGUAUACUUAAUCAUUUGUUUUCAUUUUUAGAAAUUUUUUAUUAUGACGCAGUGUUUAUUUUUACCUCAUUAUGCAACAUCGAAUAAAAAUUAUCUUAUGACGAAAAUAUUUUUUGACAAUAAUACUGUGCAUAUUUUAGUACGCGUAUUUAUAUUAUCUAUUUGAAAGUACGAAGCCUCAUUUUUCAUAAAUCAUUUUUAUACUUCUCUAUUUACACUGUAUUCAAUGUUACAAAUAAUUCGACUUUGCGUGUCAAUAUUUUAAUAAGUAAAUUUAUCAUGCAUAUAUACAUGAUUGAUAUUUAAAUAAUUCCAAUGCAUAAUUAAAACUUGUAAGAGGCUUGCUAUCCAGGUUGUAUUAAGUAAUUUUUUUCAUGUGCAUGUCUAUAAGUAUCUUGGCAUAUGAAAUUUUGGAAAUCUAUCUAUGUUAAUUAGUGUUUGCUCUGGGUAUAAGUACAAAGAUAAAACAUAUUCUAAGAACAAUUCACAAAACAGCGUGCUUUAAAAAAAUUAUUGGAAAAUAUAUAUACAUAUAUGAAAACAAAACAAACUAAUAUAGAUAUUAAGCUCAUUAUAUUUAUGUAUUUGGUUGAAGAAAAAACUAAAUCAAUUGAACAAAUAGAAUUUAAGCAUUACUGUUUUUUAGAUGGCCAGAGAUAUAUUUUAUACAAUUUUUUUCAUCUAGCACAAAGCUAAAAGUAAAACUUUCAAAAAGGUAUUUUAAUACAAGAUUUUACUGCCUAAAUCUAUAUAAGUGAAAAAUUGCAUCAAUUAUAUCUAUUGCCAUUAAAAUAGCAACAUCACAUUUUUAAGACUUAUUUGAGCAGCUAUAUUUUAUUAACACGUAAAUUAUUAACAUAAUUUUAUUGAAAGAAUGUACUAAUAUUUUAAAAAAAAACUUAGCAAUUGAUGCAUACUACCAGACUUAUUCAAAAUAAUUUUGAUUUUAUUUUAUAUUUUAGAAUUAUAAUAAUGUAUGGUUUUGUGCAACAAUAUGAUGGUUUUCAUAUGAAUGUCAUCUGCGAACAAUAGAAUAGAGCUAAAAACUGACCACCUAACAAACUAAUUUAAAAAAGUAAGCAUAUUACUGCAUUCUCUUUAGCUUUUGUAUAAGUGCCUUAGGUUAUUGAUUACAAAAUUCGUUUUUGCAUACAAAUAAGAUAAAUAUAACAUUUAUUAUACAGUGAAGUAUUUAUAAAAAAAAAAAAAAUGUAUUUGCAGCAGUUUUACUAUUUCAGAAAGCAUGUGUGAUUGCAAGUGGCAGACAUAACUCACUAAAUGAACAAAUAAUGUACUACUUAUAUUUUAUUGAAACAUAACGUGUGUAUUCCGAAAUAUAUAAUACAAAUAUUGAAUAAAAAAAA